UCCAUCGUAAAAUUUUAGAUAUUUGCUACGCAGUUUCUGGCAGUUUCUGUCAUUACGUCAUUGCAUGACAAUAUCAAAAAACAUAGAACGAAAUAUAUAAAUUUCUGUAUAUAAUGAAGUGGUUUGAGGGAAGUAUUAGUGAAGCUGUUCUAACGUCAAAAUCGAAAAAGGCAAUUUUCGUUGUGUUUAUUGAAGGCAAAGAUGACACAUCAGCACAACUUGCCCAAUUAAUUAAUGCUCCAGAGGUUUCUUCUCGUUUGGAAGAGGAGCAUUUCGUAGCUAUAAGAGUAGAGAGCGAAUCCGAGGCUUAUGGGUUUUUUGUACAGAUCUAUCAAUUGGUGCCAGUACCAUCUUUAUUUUUCAUUGGAGAAAAUGGAACUCCAUUGGAAAUAAUUGCUGGUGCUGUAACUGCAGAUGAUUUAGUAUCAAAGAUUAAUAAUGUAUUGACACAAGCAGGAAAGACGAGUAAAAAUUCUUCAUCAAGCUUAAUUGAUGCAGAACAGAAAGCUGCAGCUGCUAGCAGCAGUAACAAUGCUGCUGCUGAAUCUACUGAAUUACUGAAUAAAGAUAAUGUCAAAUGUAACUCAAAUGUAGAUUUAGUCACGCUUGAAUCUACAACAGCUGAUGUCUCAAAUAAUAAAGAGAAUGCAGAAGAUUCUACAAAAGCAACAGCUUCAAACACAAAUAACGAAAACAAUAAUGAAAAACUACAAAAAAAUACUGAAGAUAAACAAGAUGUUCAGAACAAUGAAUUGACAACAGAGGAAAAACUAGAGAGAGCGCGCAAGUUAAUAGAAGUUCAACGAAAACAACGAGUGGAGCAAGAAAUGAAGAAAGAACAAGAACGUGAGGUUGAGAGGCGCAAAAGGGGACGCGACGUACAAAAAAUGCGGCAAACACAGCAAGAAUUGGAGAUAAAACAAGCUUGCGAGGAAAGGAUGCGGGAAAAAGUUGCCGAAGCUGCAGCCCGUGAAAAAGUUAGGCAACAAAUUGUUCAAGACAAAUUGGAGCGGAAACAAAAAGAGCUUGCGCUACAGGGACAGUUGCAGCAACAACAGCAGUGUCAACAAGAACAACCUAAACAGAAUCCAAUAUCCAGCAACACGGCUAGAAUCCAAUUUAGAUUGCCAUCUGGCAGCACCCAUACAGGGCAGUUUGAACCAUCUAGUACUGUGCGCACCUUACGUAAUUACGUAGUCGAAAAUAUCGAACUGCCCUCCCGGCAAUUUUCCAUGUCUACUUCAUUUCCUCGAAGAAUAUUGACGAACGAGGAAAACGACAAGACUCUUCUAGAAUUAGAACUGGUCCCAACCGCCGUUAUUUUAAUUCUUCCUAUGAAGAAGGAAUUAAAAGCUUCCUUCUCUAAUGUUACAACACCGGCCACAUCGGUGCAGAACGGCUUCUUAUCUCGCUAUAUGUGGCCCUUAUUUACACCCGUUAUUGGUAUUUACAACUUCUUCUUGGUCAUAGUAGAUUAUUUCUUUGGCACUAACAGAAAUGCGAAUAAUCAACGCAAUUCUGACAACGAUGGCACAGAAAUAACAAGAACUGCCGAUAGAGCGAGUCCAUCAAAUCAUCGAAAUGUAGCUCAGUCUUCGGGUUUGUUUAGAAGAUAUUUGGGUAAUCGAGAAGGGACAACAAUCAGGGCACAAGGAAAUAUACACAGACUACAUUCAGACGGUGAUGAUAAUGAUGAAAAUAACACUUGGAAUGGUAAUUCUACACAACAAAUGUAAUUUAUUGAAAAUUUAGUUUGUAUUACGCAAGCAAUUGUGUUUUUAAUUAAUCUUGAUAUAUAUAUAUAUAUUACUAUGAUGCAAUUGAUAUUCGGUACUCUUUAUUGUUAAUAUUGUAAGUUAUUCACAAUAUAUUUUUCACACAAGUCACAUGUUCUGACAAACAAUUUCUAAUAUAAUAUUUAAAUAUAUACGCGCAGUAAUAUCGUGAAAGCAAUUAUUCGUUAAACACUUUACUGUCAGUAAGAUGGCCAUUUUAUUUGAAUUGUCAUUAUAACGUAACGUUUAUUAUAAUGCUUUGUUGCAUUUUAAAAAACGUAUAUUAUAAUGUUAAUACGUAUAUAAUAAUGCUAGCUUGAUGUUUAUUGGGGUGAUUUAGUGCAUUCUAACAAAUCACAAUAAAUAUGAGUAAAACAUAUUUGAAAAAAAUGAACAUGUAAAAUGGAUCACACACACACACACACAUGGAAUAUUCAAGUAACGGGUAUUGUGACACAUGGACCAAAAGUAAUAAGUUUCGUAAAUAUCAACAUACGAACUAUGAAAAUCUCGUGAAUAUUUUUUGAGUUUGUGAAAAGACUCACUAGAUUUGAGAAAUCUGAUAUAUAUCCACACAUUACCAUUUCAUUAUAUAAAUCUUAAGUUUGAGAGAGUAACAUAAGUUUCUUUAAAAAUAUUUCUCAAAAUUUUUUUUUCAAUUUUGGAUAACAAAAGAUUCGAAUUAUAUCAUUUCAAUAACGAAACAUAUAUUUUCACACUUUCUAGUAGAUUAUAUAAAUUUUAUAUUAUUCAUUAUGUUUUUUACAAUAACAAUAAGAGUGCGAUUAUAAAUUAAGAUAAUUAGUGUAUGAAAUAUUGCAAUUCGCCUAUGUAAAUGUCUAUGUGAAUUUAAUAAUAGAUAAGAAUGUUUACUUCCUAAUGGUAGUAAGUGCACAAGAUACAAAGGGUUUGGUUCUAGUAACGCCUAAAGUAAUAAAUAUAAAACAACUUAUGAUAUUA